AUUUUUUCUACGUUUAGGACGACUUUUGUGUUCUCACUGUCAAGGACACAUACAUAAUCAGCAGUGCCACAAUUUCCAGUUGUGUCAUGUCGGAGAGCAAUGUUUUACGACAACGUACAGUAUACAUGGACAGUCAAGACUUUACACUGGUUGCAUGCCUGAUUCGGACUGUUCUUCCUUAGGAUUCCAAAAGGUCGACCAGUCUGGUGAACUUCCUCAAGGAAGUGUCAUCACACAACAGAAAUGCUGUCAUACCGACGGUUGUAAUGGGCUACAGGGUACUGGCAGUAGAAUUGCGUGUAUGAGUUGUUCAGAGGACGAGAAGUACGCCUCCCAGUGUCAACAUGCCAUCCUGUGUAACCCUGGGCAGGAAUGCAUGUUCUAUCAAUAUUUGGACACGAGCACGUAUCAAAAGAGAAUACAUCUGAGCUGCUCAAACCAUGAGGUUUGUGAAAUCCUACGAAGUCAGCCCAUAAUUUUCGGCAAAAGGGAUGAAUUAGCCAUGAAAAAACAUUGCUGCAACACAGAUUAUUGCAAUAUAUUCUGGGACCAGACGUCUAUUGUGAAUUCCAAUACACACAAAACUCAACAUACCAUGAAAACAACAACUCCAGUAAGGACGACGACGACAAAGAAACCAGUGUCAACAACACAUACUACUCUUUCUACAACAACAACUGCAACAACAACAACAGGGGAUCAGUUUAUUCCUAUAACAAAUCCCCCGACAACACAAACUCCAACCACUCAACAAGUUUUUGUCACUUUAACAAACCCUGUGAGUAGAACGCCCGAGCAACAUACUUCAACACCCGGACAACAAACUACACCUGUAGAACAACACACUCCAACUGUAGAACAACACACCCCGACCGUACAACAACACACUCCGACUGUACAACAACAUACCCCCACACCAGAACAACAUACUCCUUCACUUCCUCUCAUACCAAUUACAACAUCCGCACAUUAUAUUCCUAUAUCUCAUACAAAGACAACUCAAAUGACAACUGAGACAACAACUCUCCCGACCACAACAACUACGACAUUGCCAACAACUUCCACGGAGCCCCCAGCCAACAGAUGUUAUGGAAGUAGCAAGAACUCUAACCUUCAGACGGUCAUUAAUUGUCCAGAUGAAGCGCCAUAUUGUCUGAAUAACCUAACUAACUAUGUUGAUGGUAAAGCUGAAGUUGCCAAAGGUUGUGCCACGGCUGGUCAGUGCUACUGGGUACCACGUGAGAGUUCCUCCUUCUACUGUGACAGAUACAGCUCCUCCCACAGCUAUUUCGCGGAGUUCAUGUGCUUCUACUGCUGUACUGGGGAACUAUGUAACCAUGACACCAUUGCCUCCCCGGCAAGUCCCUUCCAUCCAACUGUGAUUCCACCUAACCCUAUAACCCUUCCGACAGUGCAAUCUACUAAUUGUUACAUUUGCGAUGAUUGCCAUGGCGCUGGAACUUUGUCGACUUGUACCGGAAGUACGCCAUAUUGUUUGAAUCAUUAUAGCAAUUCUCAGUGGGGCAUUUCACAUAUAACAAAAAGGUGCGGAUCCAAGCAGGAAUGUCAUAGUCAGUACUAUGAAUCUACCAGAUAUAACUUGUUGUGUUCCAUAUUUAAUGAGAACAUUCGUGAAAACAUGCGGCUUGAGUGCACAUUCUGUUGUACAACAUCGAACUGUAACGAGCAUGCACGACCUCCACAAAAUACCUUGUACAAGGAAUAAAACAAACAUGUUAAAGUAUUGAUAAUUAAAGAUGGAUAUGUUUGCUUGCGUUU